UAUCCCAAAUUAGCUGAAAAACAGAAACGUAAACUAAUUUUCAGAUAUGUGAUUACACUCAGCUUUGCUUAUAAGACGCUACAGAAAAGUAGAUUCUAAAAGAAGGUAUGGAUAGCAGUUCAGGAGAAAAUUUUUUCACAGGAGGUAAUCAAUUACGACGACCCAGCAGAUCAAGAACCAAACGAAAACAGGAGCAAUUUGGACAAACCUCGCAAAGAUCACACAGUGUCUUUAAAUUUGGUGACAAACCAGAGGUACUUCUCAAAAUCUUAAUAGAGGCACUUCGAAAUUUAUGGCUGCAAACUAACCGAAGGAUCCACAUUAUAAUGAACGAUUCAGGAAGUUAUGAAUUAGUUGACAGCGCAGCACAGUGGUGUGUUCGCCAUCCGAAAAUUUCUCUGUGCUUUUUAGCAGCUGGUUUCGUCACGUUUUUACCUUUUGUACUAUUGAUAUUAUUCGGCCUAUCUACCCUAACAAUGACUCUAGUAGGUUUUUUAGUAUUGGAAGGCACUUUGUUAACCAUCUUAUCUAUGAUGGCGGUCGGGCUAUUAGGAGCUCUCUUAUUAAUACUUAUAUUUGUUGUCGUCGUCGGUACCACUGUAUACUUUGGAUUUGCCAACAUUUGUGAUUUGUAUCGUGGCAUACAAAAUCAUAAGCAACCUUUAAACAAUUUCUUAAAAGGUGAGAAAAAUGCUCCUGCUUAAUGAUGUUUGAGUUACUUUAGAUCGGAUGUAGAUGUUUUAUAUUAAAUUUGAGCUUAUAUACAGGCAUAUUCAGCAUGUUGUAUUAUAUAUAUUAUUGAAUACGAAUAGGUAGAAAUUAAAGGCGUAAAUAUGUAAAUUUGGUGUGUAACAAUUACUUACCUACUAUUAUCUUUCUAUUCUAUACAAGGGAACAUUAUUGAUUUGCUGUAUGCAAUUCAGGAAGAUUAAAUAUAAAAGUAGCACAAUCCUUUUUGAUUUCAUUAAGAAACGCAUUCCAUUAACGCAAUAUUUUGUCAUUCUCUCUUACCAAAUUGGAUGGAAAGCAGUUUCAUUCAAAUUGAAAUGAGAAAAAGCAUUGUCACUAGAUCUUAAAUGUAUAACCUUUUUUAGUUUUAGUUUUUAUCUGAAAAUGCCAUUGAUUUUUCGUUUAUGCUUAUUUGAGAUAUUCACUUUGUCAACAUAAUAAAUUAAUAAUCAUUGUUUGAACCUUUCUUUAUACAA